AUGAGCUCCUACGACAACAACGACUUUGGCUCCAGCGGCCGUGACGAAUUCCGCUCGGGCAACGACUCGUACGGCAACGAGUCCUCGGGCUUUGGCAGCUCGCGCAACGAGCGUGACAAUGACAGCUACGGCAACUCAUCGUCGGGCGACUCGUACGGCAGCUCCCGCCGCGACAAUGAGAGUUCGGGGUACGGCGCCUCGUCGGACUCGUACGGGGGCAGCAACACCUCUUCUUCCCGCCGUGACGACAAUGACAGCUACGGCAGCUCCCGACGGGACAAUAACGAUAGCUAUGGCAGCUCUGGAGGAAACAGUGACAGCUAUGGUAGCUCUGGCAGGAACAAUGACAGCUACGGCACUUCCUCCAACUCGGACUCAUAUGGCAGCUCUCGACGGGACGACGAGAGCUCUGGCCUCGGCAGCAGCCGCCGCGACGAUAAUGAGUACGGCUCCUCUGGACGCAAUGAGCGUUCCGAGGGCGGUGGCCUGAGCUCGUUCCUGGGCGGCGGAUCCAAGGAGAGCCACGGCAGCGAGCGCAAGAACGAGGAUUUCACCGACAAGGUCAUUGACGGUGUCGCCGACUACGCCAAGAAGAAGUGGUAA